GAACUGGAGAAGGGCGGACCCCAACUAGGGCGGUGGCUGGCUUCAGGGGAAGGCGGAAAGACUGGAAGAACCUUGCGGCCGAGUGUUGAGCUGUUGCCUGUCUCGCUGCUCCCGGGUCCACGGAGCCCCACGCCCCACGAGACGCGGGCGCCAUGGCCCUGGGGCUGCUUGAGCUCUGCAACUGGAGCACGCUGGCGGCGUGCACGGCGCUCAAGCUGCCACAGAUCUCCGCCCUGCUGGCAGCGCGUAGUGCGCGGGGCCUCAGCCUCCCAAGUUUGCUUCUGGAGCUGGCCGGGUUCCUGGUGUUUCUCCGAUACCAGUGUUACUAUGAGUACCCGCUGCUGACCUACCUGGAGUACCCCAUCCUCAUCGCACAAGAUGUCAUCCUCCUGCUCUGCGUGUUCCACUUCAACGGGAGCGUGUACCGGGUGGCGCCCUACCUCGCCCUAUUCGUGGCGUCGUGGUUCGUCCUCACCCUGCAGAAGUGGAUCAUAGACCUGGCCAUGAAUUUCUGCACUUUGAUCAGCGCGGCCAGUAAGUUCGCCCAGCUGCAGUGUCUGUGGAAGAGCCGUGACUCCGGGGCGGUGAGCACCCUGACCUGGGUCCUCGCUUCCUACACCUGUGCCACAAGAAUAAUAACGACCUUGAUGACCACCAAUGAUCUCACAAUCCUCACACGUUUCGUGGUCAUGCUGGCAUUGAACCUGUGGGUGACAGCGACAGUGCUUCGCUACAGGAGGCCGGUCACCAAGGCUGAGUGAUGGGGACGAGAUUCUCACGCCCAAAGCGAAGGUCGAAUAACCGAACCGAAGGAAAGGACACCUCAUUGCUAAGUCAAGUCUUUUAAAAACCUAGUCGGUCAUUUCAGAGCCUUCGAAGCCCAAGGUAUUUAGACCUGAGCGGUUCAAACUCUUGUGUGAACGGCUUUCGCACCCGCCCACCCCUUCAGACACGAUUGAUGCAGAUUGUCCAAGAACUCAGUCUGAAAUCGCUUUGACCCAUAGAAGUCACGGUCAAGUUCUCUCCAAAGAGCUAAGUACGUCUGCUUUUCAGCUUUCAGAAUCUUUUAAGAAAUAAGCCUCUCCCCAGCACAGAUGAGCCUGGAGUGGGAUUUGGGUCGGUCAGAAGUGGAAUUGUAAUAAAUGACGAGGGUUCGCCUGCGGGGACUAAGGUCUGAUUGGAACGCAGGUGUGAGAGGGUGGCCUUAUUGUAUCGAAUCCAGUAUAACAGCUCCUUCUCGUGUGUACCAGGGCAAGUGAGCAUGCACCUGGCUUGAGCUCGUGCACCGAAGCGGUCCUUUCUCUUCCUCCUGUGCCUCCCAGCAAUUCCUGAGGAUGCCCUGUGGGGAAGCAAGUCAAAUGCUGACGCAGGCGCAGUGCUGACGUUUUAAAAGGGCCACAGCCUCACAAGGAACCAUGAUUAGAACUCAGUGUAAAAUAGAGCUCACCUCGACCAGGUUUUGUGUGUUGAAAAUACAUGCAGUGAAGGCUCUUUCUGGGUUCCGCCAAGUUCCUCUGGCUUUUAUUUUCAUUUAGGUAGCGUGUUCGAAACAUGACAAGAUUAUUGUACGCUGGGUUUUUCUAUAAAAGUUUAUAAACCCUAACUUUUAAAAGCUCUCUUUCCCCUUACAGUUGAAGGGCGUUAUUCUAGUGUGUAGCUCUGCAGUUUGUAAAUGGUAUUUGUUAGAUGUUUUGGGUGCCUUUGUAAAAUAAACUCGUAUUUUGAA